AUCAAGCGCCUAACAGCAUGGUGAUUAUGAUGUCUAGUGGCGCAGAAUGCUAACGACGUUUUACUGUAUUUCUGGAGGACUUUUAACGACUCGUUUGUGUUUUUAACCGUACGGUUUUUUUUUUCAUGUUUUGUUUGUUUGUUGACUGACAACAGGACAGCGGCGACUUACUUCAGCUUCAAAAUGCAGGCGCUAAAGUUCGGCUGUUUAGCUUCGGCUCGGCUCAAAACCCUCGGCUCAAGCGGACUGCACCCCGAACUCGUCAACGCGACUUCAUGCCGACACGUGCACCUUUCUGUGAAUCGCGUUUGUCAAACGGCUGAAAAAGCAGAGGACAUGGUGGUCAUUCGUGUCCCUCGACACCUGGCAACUCGCGUAGAAAACGUGAAGCAAACUCGGGGCACAAACAAGAUCAGCACCAUUAAAGCGGGCAAGCUCCUGAUCCAGAGCAAGAACCCUUGUCUAAACCAGUCUGCGGGAUACAUCCUGGGGAAGUUCGAGCAGUCUGUUCUGUCUUCAAAGGGUUGGAAACACAGUAAAUCAUUCGGUGACUACUUCACCAUCAAUAACACGAAGGAUGUAGCGCCAUACAUGGCAGCCAACAAGAUGGAGGAGGAUGCUCACCAGAAAUCAGCCGUGACGUUUAAGGACCUCCACAUCUGCAAGGAGCUGGAGGACACUUUGGAAAAUAUUGGGAUUACCCAUCCCACCACUGUGCAGCUGCAGACCAUCCCAAAGGUCAUGAAAGGUCACAACAUCCUCUGUGCUGCAGAAACUGGCAGUGGGAAGACGCUGAGCUACCUGCUGCCUGUUGUUCAGAGGCUGCAGGCUGAGAGGCAGACUGAAAUAAACACAGAGAGAACAAACCAGAUCGGUGCUGUGAUUCUCGUGCCUUCCAGAGAGCUAGCUGAGCAAAUAACAUUGGUCUCCAGGACUGUGUGUGCUCCGUUUGGUUUACACACAAGGUCUGUGGGUGGUGGGCGAGGUGUAGGCCACAUUAAGCAAGUCUUUAAGGAGGACCAUCCAGAUAUUUUAGUGGCCACACCAGGUGCCCUGGUCAAGGCCCUGCGAAGGAAUUAUCUGGACUUGAGUGAGCUGAGCUUCUUCGUCGUAGACGAGGCGGACACCAUGUUUGACCCCAGCUUCUCUCCUAUGCUGCAGGACAUCCUCCUGAAUGUAAACAUCGCAAACCAUCCCAAGGAAACACAGGGCCUGGAUCGUAAAACCCAGCUGCUGCUUGUGGGGGCAACUUUCCCUGGAGAUGUUGGGGAAGUGCUCAGCAAGAUGACAGACCUCGGGAAGAUUGUGACGAUCAAGAGCAGGAUGCUGCAUUGCAUCAUGCCCCAUGUCAAGCAGAGAUUCCUAAAGGUAAAGGGUUCAGACAAAAUCCUGGAGCUCAAUCAAGCCCUGAAGGAGCUGCAACUUCACAAAAAAGGGGGCGCUGCUGUCGUGUUCUGCAACAAGUCUGCCACAGUGAACUGGUUGGGCUACACACUGGACGAAAUGGGGGUCCAGCAUGCUCGGCUGCAAGGAGAGAUGCCCGCCGUUGUGCGUGCAGGGAUUUUCCGCUCCUUCCAGAAGGGCAUAACAAACGUGCUGGUUUGCACAGAUAUAGCUUCACGUGGCCUGGACACCUCCAGGGUACGACUGAUCGUCAACUACGACUUCCCAGAGUCCCAAACGGACUACAUCCACCGAGCAGGGAGAGUGGGGAGAGCUGGAGGAGUGGAAGACGGAGAGGUGCUCAGCUUUGUCACUCACUCGUGGGAUGUGGAGCAGGUGCAGAACAUUGAGAAGGCUGCUCGGAUGAGAACUACUUUGCCAGGGCUGAAAUCUGAAAUACAAGAGCCAAAGCCUGAAACAGUGGAGCCGAAGGAGUAAGCUCUUGUGUGCUUGUUAAUUUUUCACCUAAAUGUAAAAAAGAGCUGUGCAGAAGCUCAUAUCAAAGCAUAUGUAUCAAGGUUCAAGGUGACUUUAUUGUCUUUUGCAUCACAUGAUGUACAUGUUGAAUAAAAUGAG